AUGGCCUUUCUCAAGGUUCCCGAAUUGAACACCCGAAAGGGUACGUUUCGUGCCUACCAUUUGGCCGCAGUCGUUUUUAUCUCCUCCUUCUUAGCUGGCUACGACUCUGGCGUCGCCGGCGGAGUCCUCACCUACAAACACUUCGAGAGUGAUUUCCGCUACGCUGCCUCCACAGAGUCUAAAGUGAGUUCGCUCACCAUCGGUCUCAAUCAGCUUGGCUCGUUCCUGGCUUGCUUCUUUUUCUAUCCCUUUGCCAACAGAUUUGGACGUAAAUAUGCUAUUGCGCUAGCGGCGUUUAUCUAUGUCAUUGGGUCUAUGAUUCAGACUAUCAUUACGCAUUCGCUGGGUGCUUGGUAUGUAGGUCGCAUUGUGGCUGGKAUUGGAAUGGGUGGAUUGAGUGUUGUUGUGCCUAUGUAUUCGGCUGAGAUGACGCCUAAAGAAAUUAGAGGACGGUGUGGAUCUUUCUAUCAGUGGAUGUAUACUUGGGGGGUGUUUUCUGCGUAUUGGAUUGACUACGGCGUCGCUCAAAGCACAACCAUUUCCAAGACUUCUCGCGAAUGGCAGAUCCCCAUCGGUCUCGAAAUCAUCCCCAGCGGGAUUUUGUUUCUCGCUAUGUUCACCCUCCCUGAAUCUGUGCGUUGGCUCCUGAGCCAAAACCGAACAGACGAAGCAUGGAAAUCACUCACCUGGAUCCGCGGCGACGAAGGCGACAAGACUCAAGAAGAAUUCAACGAAACCAAAGCCGGUCUCGUCGCCGAGGAAUCAGCCAAGGAUAACUUCACGAUUCGCGAAUUGUGGCAUCCAUCCAAUCGGCUUAGAUUCAUUGUUGGMCCUGCCAUGUUUAUCUUUCAGAAUACGACUGGUAGCAGUGCCCUGGCCGUGUUUGCGCCGCAGUAUUUCAAGUUGUUGGUUGGUAGCUCGGGCAAUCGUGACUUGCUUUUGACGGGUCUCUUUGGUGCUAUCAAGGUUAUUGGAUGUACGUUCUUUAUUUGGUUUUUAGCAGAGCAGCUAUCGCGACGUACUCUAUUAAUCGGGGGCGCGUCGCUGAUGGCGACUUGUAUGCUUAUCAUCACGUUGAUUGUGCGGUUCAUACCGACUGAAAACGUGGGCAAUGUCACCAACGCUGGACGUGCGACGGUGGCUAUGAUAUACCUCGACAUCGUGAUAUACAAUUGCUCGUGGGGACCUGUUCCGUGGGCGUACGUCCCCGAGAUCUUCCCAACUCGCAUUCGCUCCCUCGGAUUAGGGUUCAGUAUGUUAGCUCACUGGGCAACAUCAUUCUGUUUCUCAUUCGCCAGUCCAUACAUGAUCAAAAACAUCGGCGCGUACACUUUUCUCAUUUUCAUGGGAUUUGAUGUCUGCGCUGCGAUUUUCACGUAUUUCUUUGCGCAGGAGACGCGUGGAAUGGUGUUGGAGGCUGCUGCUGGUACGGAUUUUGGAUUCUAUGAGAAAGAUGGAUUAACGGUGGUUGAGAAGGGGGCUGAUUCAUAG